AUGGGUGCUGGUCUCACGAACGUAGCUCUUGUGACCGAUGGGAGAUACUCUGGGGCAAGUCACGGGUUUAUUGUCGGACAUGUUGUUCCGGAAGCUGCUGUGGGUGGGCCUAUUGCCGUCGUCCAAGAUGGCGAUGUCAUAACUAUUUCGGCCGAAACAAAUACUUUGAGUAUGGACAUCAGUGAUGAGGAGAUUGCAGAACGACUGAAGGCUUGGAAGCCACCCAAGAGCGCGGUCAAUAGAGGUGUUCUCGCGAAAUACCAGAGACUGGUUGGAGAUGCUUCUCACGGCGCUAUGACGGAUUUGUUUUAA